CUGGCCACAAGCUACCAUUAUAAGCUAAAUUUAGCUUCUAUGAUGGUGAACGCUUUUGUUUCAAAGAAACAAAUUUCUAUUUGAGAUGGAAGAGCGAGGGGGAAUGUCAGAGGAUCCUCGCUAUUCACAGCAGCACAUGAUGCCCCCUAUGGGCAACCGAGGGAAAGGAAUGCCGGGCCCACAUGGACAGAGCAUGCACCCAGGGAUGCCUCAACAAGGUAUGCCCUUACAGAACCAAGGCCCGGGGAUGCCCGGAAUGUCUCCUGGCCACCAGAUGAUGCAGGGCGGGCCAGCGCCUGGCAUGGGACCCGGUGCCCCAACUGCAGGCAUGAACCCGGCCAUGACGGGCAACCAGAGUAACGUUCCAGCUCCAGUGAUGGGUGGUCACGGACAGGGCAACAUGGGAGGCCACCCCUCGCAGGGCAUGGGGAUGAAUUCCUCUGCAUCCAGUGUGCCCCCGUCCUCUACGAUGGGAGGCAUGGGAAACAUGGCAGGGGGAAUGCCGCCAGGUAAUAUGCCCAGCAUGCCGGACAACAGUAUGGGCAACAUGCCUCCCUCCUCAGGGGGCAUACCAAUGCAAAAUCACGGCCAGCCGCAGUCGAUGGGUGUGUCGGGAAUGGGCCCGUCUCCCAUGCAGGCCCAAGGGAUGGGAGUGCCGGGCCCAGUGCAGAACAUGCCACCGUCUAUGCCAGGCGCAAGUGCCAGCCCCAACCUGACAGGGUCGCAGAUGGCGGGGGGCGCCAUGGGCCCGCCCAACCAGAGCGUGGACCCAAGCACCAGUCAGAACCAGCCGCCCAGCAUCCCCCCAGGCACGCCAGGGCAAGGACCGCCGAGGCAGACAUUUAAUCAGGCCCAGCUCCACCAGCUGAGGGCUCAGAUCAAAGCCUACAAGCUACUGUCCUGUAGUGCUCCGCUCCCCGACACUCUGCGCAUGGCUGUGGAGGGAAAGAGGCAGGUCGGGGCUUUCCCAAGGCCAGGGGACCCCCAUCAGAUGCAGAAGAUGCGCAUGAUGCAGCAGGCGGGCCACCCUCAGCAGCCGGCCCCAGGGCCGCAUGGUCAGCCUCCCAUGGCGGGGAUGAGGGGCCACGGCGGUCCACAGCCAGGUCCUCACGACUCUGCGCAGACUCGUAUGCCAGGACCCCCACACCAGGCGGCCAUGCCACCCCACCAGGCCGACGCUCAGGGACGGGGGGGUCCACCACCACCAUCGCAGCAGCAACAGCAACAACAGCAGCAGCAGCAGCAACAGCCUCAACAGCCUCAGGGUGUGGCUGCACUAGCUAACAAACAGAACAGAAUUGCGCCAGUGGCCAAACCUCAGGGCCUGGACCCGAUAGAGAUGUUGAAGGAGAGAGAGAACAGGGUUUCUGCGAGAAUCGCUCACCGCAUUCAGGAGCUGUCGAAAAUGCCCACCACAAUGCCGGAGGAUAUGAAGAUCAAAGGGAUGAUUGAGCUGAGAGCUUUACGUCUGCUCAACUUUCAGAGAUCGCUGAGAGCUGAAGUGAUCUCGUGCAUGCGGAGGGACACCACGCUGGAGACGGCCCUCAACCCCAAGUCGUACAAGCGCAGCAAGCGGCAGUCGCUGAGGGAGGCCCGGGUCACGGAGAAGCUGGAGAAGCAGCAGAAGAUGGAGCAGGACAGGAAGAAGAGACAGAAACAUCAGGAAUACCUGAACGCUGUACUGCAGCACGUGAAAGACUUCAAGGACUUUCAUAGAAAUGUUGUGGGCAAAAUCGGAAAGCUGAACAAAGCUGUGAUCACGUACCACACCAACACAGAGAGAGAGCAGAAAAAGGAGCAGGAGAGGAUUGAGAAAGAACGUAUGCGGAGGCUUAUGGCUGAAGAUGAAGAAGGAUAUCGAAAGCUGAUUGAUCAGAAGAAAGACAAGAGGCUGGCAUACCUCCUCUCGCAGACGGACGAAUACGUCAACAGUCUGGCCACCCUGGUCAAGGAGCACAAGGAGGAACAACGCAAAAAGAAACAGAAGAAAAAGAAGAAGAAGCAAGGAGGAGAAGAGGCGGGCCAGGAUGACAAGCGUGUGAAGGUGAUGGACCCAGACACAGGCACUGUGCUGACCGGAGAACAGGCACCGCUGGCCAGUCAGUUGGAGGCCUGGCUAGAGAUGAACCCCAAUUUCCAGGUGGCUCCUAAGGAUGAAGAAGAAGAGGACGAUGAAGAAGAGGAUGAAAGUGGGGAAGAGGAGGAAGAGCAAGAUACAGAAAACCAGACAGUACAGGAAGAAAACCAUGCGGAUGAUGACGGGGAGCAGAACUACUACACCCUGGCUCACACCAUCAGGGAAAAGAUUGUGGAGCAGGCCUCCAUCUUGGUCAACGGGAAGCUCAAGGAAUAUCAGCUGAAAGGCCUGGAGUGGCUGGUGUCUCUCUACAACAACAAUCUGAACGGCAUCCUGGCCGACGAGAUGGGGCUGGGCAAGACGAUCCAGACCAUCGGCCUCAUCACUUACCUCAUGGAGAAAAAGAAAGUCAACGGACCUUUCCUUAUCAUUGUCCCUCUCUCCACGUUGUCCAACUGGAUGUUUGAGUUUGACAAGUGGGGCCCGUCAGUGGUGAAGAUUCCCUACAAAGGUUCUCCCAACGUGCGCCGCUCCCUGGCCCCACAGCUCAAGUCCACAAAGUUCAACGUCCUGCUGACCACCUACGAGUACAUCAUCAAGGACAAAGCCACACUGUCCAAGAUCCGCUGGAAGUACAUGAUCAUUGAUGAAGGCCACCGCAUGAAGAAUCACCACUGUAAGCUGACAGUUAUCCUCAACACUUACUACAACGCUCCCAACAGGCUGCUGCUGACUGGCACUCCGCUACAGACCUGAGCUGUACCGGUCGUCGGGCAAGUUUGAGCUCCUGGACAGAAUCUUGCCCAAGCUGAAGGCGAGCAACCACAAGGUCCUGCUCUUUUGUCAGAUGACCUCGCUGAUGACCAUCAUGGAGGACUACUUUGUUUACCGAGGAUUCCGCUAUCUACGUUUGGAUGGUACGACCAAGUCAGAGGACAGAGGUCAACUCUUGACCUUGUUCAACUCCAAGGACUCGCCCUACUUCAUCUUCUUGCUGAGCACCAGAGCGGGAGGUCUGGGUUUGAAUCUGCAGACAGCUGACACAGUGGUCAUUUUCGACUCGGACUGGAACCCUCAUCAGGAUUUGCAAGCCCAGGACAGAGCCCAUCGUAUUGGUCAGAAGAAUGAGGUUCGAGUCCUGCGUCUGAUGACGGUCAACUCUGUGGAGGAGCGCAUCCAGGCUGCCGCCAGGUACAAGCUCAACGUGGACUCUAAGGUCAUCCAAGCUGGCAUGUUCGACAACAAGUCGACCACGAUGGAAAGAAAGCAGUUUCUGCAGGCUUUGCUCACUCAAGAGGCGGACGAAGACGAGGAAGAAGAUGAGUUCCCUGACGACGAGACCAUCAACCAGAUGUUGGCCAGGACAGAGGAUGAGUUUGAGAGUUACCAGAAAAUGGACAUGGACCGCCGGCGCAGCGAAGCCAGGGAUGGCCAGAGGAAACCUCGCUUGAUGGAGGAGAGCGAGUUGCCCGAUUGGAUCAUCAAGGACGUGAAGGAGGUGGAGCGGCUGACCAUAGAGGACGAGGAGGACAAGCUGUUUGGGCGGGGGAACCGCGCCAGGAAGGAGGUGGACUACUCCGACUCGCUUACCGAGAAACAGUGGCUGAGGGCGAUAGAAGAUGGAAACUUGGACGAGGUGGUGGAAGAAGUGGCUAAGAAGCCCAAGAAGGCGAAAAAACGCAAGUCGGAGGUUGCCACGCCCAGCACCAGCAAGAAGAAGUCGGCCCCCAUCAUUGACGACGAGCCCAAAGAGAAGAAAAGGCGCGGCCGGCCUCCGCUGGAGAAGCAACAGCCCAACCCUCCGAAACUGACGCGUAUGAUGAAGAAGCUCUACGACAUUGUUAUCAAUUACAAAGACAGUGACGGUCGGGCACUGAGUAGCAUGUUCAUGCAACUACCGUCUAGGAAGCUCAUGCCGGAAUACUACGAAAUCAUUCAGAAACCUAUAGAUUUCAAGAAGAUUUCUACGCGCAUCUCCACGCACCGCUACCGCACCAUUGAUGAACUAGAGGCAGACAUCAUGGAGCUGUGCCAGAACGCUCAGAGCUUCAACAUGGAGGGAUCUGUGAUCUACGAAGACUCUAUCGUGCUCCAGUCAGUGUGCACCAAUGCAAGGGAGAAGCUGGAGAAAGACAUGGCCAAGGGGAAGCCCGAUGAAUCGUCCAGUGACACGGAGAACAGCGAGGAGGAGGAGGAGAAGGAGGAGGAGAGCGAGGAAGAUGGGGAUGAUGAAGACAGCCAAGCAACGAGAACAAGAAAGAAGAAAGAGAAUGGAAAGAAGACGCCUAAGGAGCCGGAGAAAACGCGCAAAAACGCCAAACGUCGCGCUGCGACCAAAGUGAGACAUCCUAUCAUCAGCGAUGACGACAGUGAGGAGGACAAGCAAGAAGAAGAGGAAGACCGACGGCCCUUGUCCCGAUGUUCCUCCAGACUUUCUUCCUCGGGCAGCAACAAAAAACGCUGAGUGUUCAGAUGACAGGACACAGGCCUACACAUGUGUGUGUGACAGAGAGAGAGAGAGUCUUGUGUUUUUGUGUGUGUGUGUGUGUGUGUGUGUGUGAGAGAGAGAGAGAGAGAGAGUGUGUGUGUUUUUGUGUGUGCACGAGGAUGAGAGAGAUGGGAAAUACAGGUGCUGUUUUUGUCGAUUUUAUUGAGAUGUGUAUGUUGUUUGGAACGUUUAGAUACGUUUUACUGCAAUGUUUUGAAUGGGGCUGAAGGUCAAAGGAUAGGGCACUGAUAGGUCGGAGGGCUGGGCCAAUGGUAGGUCAAAGGGCACCACUCGCAGGUCAAGGGAGGUCAGAGGGCGACAUCUGAUAAGUUCAAGUUAAAGGGCAGGGCUACUGAUAGUUCAAACGCUUUGUCCCGUCUGUUAUGUUUCUUCCCAGACAUAAUUGACCAUUUGAGACGGGUGUAUGUGUGCGUGCCAGUGCACUUUUGUGUGUAUGUUGAUGUUAUCGUCACUGCAGUGGUGGCUGGAGGCAGAGUGCAUCUCAGAGUAGUGGUUGGCACGAAUGCUCUCCAUUACUCUUUGUUUUUUCUUUGGCUAACUCGCUGAGCCCUGGCCAGUAUGGAGAUGCUGUGGAUACUCCUGGCUGGAUAUUUUCACACUUUUUGCUCCAAAAUCUUCAGGACCAAAUAUUUCGCCACCGGUAAUUUCUGGCUCAGAUUAAUACAUUUCUCCUCUUUGUAAAACUGUCAACUUUAAUUAAGUUAUCUGUUAAACUUUUUGCUCCACAAAUUUUUUGAAUACCAACAAUUUUUGCAAUGCAUUUCUGCUCAUUCAAUGUGACAGAAAAAUAAUACCAAAAAUUAUGCUAAUUAUAUUUACACAAAAAUAUGAGGACUAGAUCUAGCAUUCUAAAUUUUACUUGAAAUUAUGAUACUGUCCUACAAAGUUCUCUGUCAUCCCUAGAUCAUGUUUUUUGAAAAUUGUCGGCGACAAGCUUCUGGAAGGCAACAAAAGUUUCACAUCUAAACUACAGUACGUCCAUAGAAGUAGGAAAUCUUUUUUUCCUGUUUGGAAAAUGAGUAAGCUAAAGCUUUGUACAAAACUUAUAUAUAUCGCAUUAUUAGAUCAUUGUCUUGGGGAAAAAUGCAAAAACCCAAUCCUGUCUCAUCUUUGGGACUAAGGCUCAGUAAGUUAGGAGUUCUUGUGCUUUGUACCCCAUCACUUCAUGUAUUCACUUGUGUCGGUCAGCCAGCUCUGGGUUUUGACUUUCAACAUUUCACCUCAUAUAGUCUCUUGUCAAAGACAGAAGUGUCUUGUGUUCUUUUUCACUUUGCUUCUCUCGGCUAGCCUCAAUUUUACUCAUCAUUUUUUCUUUCAAAUGUACCAUCCAUUUACUUAGCACAUCAUAAACAUUGACUUUGGAAGAAGACUGCAGCAUAACUUGCUGAUUUCUUGUAUGUCUGGGACAAGUCUGCCUAUAGCUGUACCGGAGACUUGUGGGUAGUUUGACAAUUUCCUGUUUGGACUUGUUUGAGUUUUUUGUUCAUGAACUCUUCAAGAAUUAUCUUUUUAUUAUUAUAAUUUUUUUUAAUGUACUGUAGUAUGUGUUUUGUGUUGUACGGUAUAAAUAAAGUAAAGAACUUUCA